UCACAUUACACAUACACUGCCGGCUUUUUCUUUUUUUACCUGUAGUCGGCGUUUUAGCGAAGGGUGUGCACCGUGCUGAAUCACUUUGGAAAUACCGACAUUGCAGGGCUGAAGCCAACGAGGUCGUACAAAUUUCGAUUUUCUGCUUCUCACGGUAAAAGUCUACAAUAGAAACAGUGAAGAUGGCCAAGUGGGUACCCCUUGAAUCCAACCCUGAGGUUAUGAACAAGUAUCUGGACAGCUUGGGCGUGCCAAGUCAGUGGCGGAUGUUGGACGUGUACGGCCUGGACGCCGAUGCGCUGGCCACGGUACCACGUCCAGUUCUGGCUCUGCUGCUGCUCUUCCCCAUCAACGACAAGUACGAGGAGUUCUCCAAGCAGCAGGACGAGGAGAUCAAGAGCAAGGGACAGACUGUCUCGGACAAAGUCGUCUACAUCAAGCAGUUCAUCAGCAACUCCUGCGGAACUGUUGCCCUCAUCCACAGCAUUGCCAACAACACCGACAAGAUCACUCUGGCUGAUGGCGAAUUGAAGAAGUUCCUCACCGAGGCCGCCAGCUUGGACAGCACAGGUCGUGGAGAGCUGCUCUCGAAGUCGGAAGCCAUUGCCGACAUCCACAAGAAACUAGCCCUCGACGGCCAGAGCAGGGCCCCUGACGCCAACCAGCCCACGGACUUCCACUUUGUGGCUUUGGUGCACUCUGAUGGUGGACUCUAUGAACUUGAUGGUCGCAAGUCCUUCCCCAUCAACCAUGGAGAGACCACCCCAGAAACUUUCCUUGAGGAUGCAGCUGCGGUUUGCCGCAAGUUCAUGGAGCGCGAACCAGAGAACCUCAACUUCACGAUUGUUGCUCUGGCCGCCAACAAUUAAACCAAGCCCCAAAUGAUCUGCUUUGAUGCCAGCUUUGUGAAAUUGUCAAUUUUGAGUCAUUUAAUAAUCAUAAGCAAACUGGAGACAAAUCAUAUUAUGAAAAUUACCCGUUUAUUUUUUGAAAAUUCGAAAGUAGUGGUCCACUUGCUAAUCAUAUCCAGGGAAUAAAAUUCCCAUUGAAAAUCAGACCAAAGCGAGGCACAGUAUUAUUGUGUGAUUUUCGUGCCUGAAACCGAUAAAAUGUUCGGCAUUUUUUGUUGUAUUUGUUUUCGCAUAGAUGUGGUGCUUUUUGCAAAAUAAAAUCGCUCCAAAUUCGAAUGCAUUGAAAUUAAA